AAGAAGACGAAGCACAUGCUGCCCACAGGGUUCAGGAAGUUCCUGGUCCACAACGUCAAGGAGCUGGAGGUGCUCAUGAUGAGCAACAAGUCGUACUGUGCAGAGAUCGCUCACAACGUCUCUUCGAAGAACCGGAAGAUAAUCGUGGAGAGAGCUGCUCAGCUCGCCAUCAAGAUCACCAACCCCAACGCCAGACUGCGCAGCGAGGAGAACGAAUAAACCGGGUUCUGCAUCCGGGGUGUAUUUAAUAAAGUGUAAAAACAAACUG